AUCCUUGUGGCAGGAAUGCAAUUUGCAAGAACGAGGUACCUGGUUACAAUUGCGUCUGCCCCACGGGGUAUAGUGCCAACCCCAAUUCGGCAGUCGCAUGCGAACAGACCGACGUGACGACUCUUUGUAAAUCGAAUUUUGAUUGCGUCAACAAUGCCGAGUGCAUCGAAGGGCAAUGCUUCUGUAAAGACGGCUUUAAGGCUGUCGGUGCCGAGUGCGUAGAUGUAGACGAGUGUCUUACUAAUCCCUGCGGACCCGCAUCGAUCUGUACGAAUAUUAGAGGAAGCUAUCAUUGCGAAUGCGAAUCCGGAUUCAUUGGUACUCCACCUCACAUAGCAUGUAAAGCACCGUGCGAUGAGGUAACUUGCGGCGAACAUGCCUUCUGUAAGGCUGACGGCCACGAGGCUUAUUGCAUUUGCGAAGACGGUUGGACCUUUAAUCCUAACGAUAUAGCGGCUGGAUGUGUCGACAUAAACGAAUGCGAUGCAGUAAAUGGACCUUCUGGAAGAUGCGGCAAAAAUGCUAUUUGCACGAAUACACCCGGUGAUUUCAGUUGCCAAUGUAAACCUGGAUUUGCAGGAAAUGCCUUCAAACAAUGUAUAGAUAUUGAUGAAUGUACCAAACCUGUUUGCGGUCAUGGAGCAACGUGUACUAAUACCGAAGGUUCUUACGCUUGCACUUGUCCGGAAGAAACCAUUCCAGAUCCCGAUCCCUACAUCAAGUGCGUUGGUAUAGUUAGGUGCGACAUCGAUGACGAUUGUCCAGGAAACGCUAUUUGUGAUCCACAAAAGAGAUGUUUAUGUCCCGAGCCCAAUGUCGGAAACGAUUGCAGACAUCCAUGUGAAGAUCUAUCCUGCGGACCGAACGCUCACUGUAUGCUUCUGAACGACGUGGCGACGUGCCUUUGCAGCAAUGGUUAUACCGGAAAGCCCGGAGUAAAGGGAGGUUGCCGAGAUAUCGACGAAUGCGCGAUAAAUCCGUGUCCUCCGGGCGCCAUCUGCAACAACGAGCCUGGCUCUUUCUCGUGUCAAUGUCCGAGCGGUAUGACAGGUGAUCCUUAUAGCGGCGGCUGUCAAAAGACCAAAACACCUCAUGUAUGCGGUCCCAGUGCGCCCUGUCCCGCUGGAGAACAGUGUAUCAAGGACGAAUUCGUGGGCAGUAGCGUGUGCAUCUGUCAACGCGGUUACACACGCGAUCACGAGACCGGUAAAUGCAGAGACAUCAAUGAAUGUAUGGAACUGAGAGAGAAACCCGCCUGUGGCGUCAACGCAAUUUGCAAGAAUCUUCCCGGCAGCUAUGAGUGUCAGUGUCCACCGGGCUUCAAUGGAAAUCCUUUUUCGCUUUGCGAAGAAUGCAACAGCAUCGAAUGCCAGUGUCAACCGCCGUAUAAGAUCGUCAAUGGUAAAUGCAUGCUGGCUGGAUGUUCAAAGGGCGAGAAGUGUCCAAGCGGUGCUGAGUGUAUAACGAUUGCAGGCGGUGUCAGCUAUUGUGCUUGUCCCAAAGGUUACACGACCAAAUCUGAUGGAUCCUGCGAAGAUAUAAACGAGUGUAUCGUGGGACACCAAGUCUGCGGUUACGGUGCCGAAUGCAUCAAUAUACCAGGCGCUCACCAAUGCGUAUGUCCGCAUGGAUAUGGCGGCGAUCCAUAUAAUGGCCUUUGUUCUCCAGCCCAGAAGAGAUGUACUAAUGACAACGAAUGCAAGGCUAACGAGAAGUGCGUGCAACCCGGCGAGUGCGUGUGUCCACCGCCAUUCUACACCGAUCCCUUGAAUGGAAAUCUAUGCAAGAAUCCUUGCGACCGUUUCCCAUGCGGUAUUAACGCGAAAUGCACGCCGAGCGACCCACCGCGGUGCAUGUGCGAGGCUGGCUUCGAGGGUGAUCCGCAGCACGGUUGCGUUGAUGUGAAUGAGUGCGCGAAUAAUCCUUGCGGUCAUGGGGCGUAUUGCAUCAACACAAAGGGAGAUCACGUGUGCGAGUGUCCUAAAGGCAUGAUUGGUGAUCCUUACGGCGUUGGUUGUACGGGAAUUGCGACCGGUAAAAAUGAGUGUUCCACCAAUGACGAUUGCGAAAAUUAUUUGGCGUGCGUCCAAGGGAGCUGCGUUAAUCCUUGCGACAAUAUACCGUGCGGUCCAAAUGCAUAUUGCGAGCCUGAUAAGCACGCCGCGUGGUGUAGAUGCGUGAUUGGUUUCACGGAAGGCGUAAACAACGAGUGUGUCUCACAAUGCGAUGGCUUUGUUUGCGGCACCGGAGCUCAAUGUAUCGUCAGUUACGAUGGACCGACUUGUAAAUGUAUCGAAGGUUUCAUGGGUAAUCCUUUUCCGGGUGGACAAUGCGUGCCGGAUGUUUGCUCACCUGAAAUCCCAUGCGCCGAGCCAAGCGUGUGCAUCAGUGGACGUUGCAAGCGACGUUGCGAGGGAGUGGUUUGCGGCAUCGGAGCCACAUGUGAUCCUUUAACAAAUAAAUGCGUGUGCAACCCUUAUUUUGUCGGCAAUCCCGAUCUACUCUGUAUGCCACCAAUUCAACCACCUCAUUGCGAUCCAAUUUGCGGAAAAAACGCGCAUUGUGAGUAUGGUCUUCAAGAAUCAAAAUGUGUCUGCAAUCCGGGUACUGGCGGAAAUCCUUAUCAUGGCUGUGGUGUUCAAGAGAAAUCUGAUUGCUCCACCGCGGUGUGCGGCAAGGACGCGCAUUGUAAUGCAGGUCCCAAUGCUGUUGAAUGCCUCUGCCCACCUGGCUUCGCUGGCAAUCCGUUUAUCCAAUGCUUCGACGUUAAUGAAUGCAACGGAAAUGCUUGUGGCAGCAAUGCGGUGUGUAUCAAUACCAUCGGAAGCUACGAUUGUCGUUGCAAGAAUGGCUUCUUCGGCAAUCCCUUCGUCGGAUGUCGACAGGUGCAAGUAGGUCCGUGCGCCGAUCCUUCGACAUGCGUCUGCAGUGAUACUGCACCAUGUCCCUUCGAUUAUACCUGUGUUGAUCAUAAGUGCAUAAACCAAUGCAGUGACAUAAAGUGCGGCCCCAGGUCUGUUUGUCAAAACGGCGCAUGCGUGUGUCCACCAGGCUACAGCGGCAAUCCCAAUGAUUUACAUAAAGGCUGUCAUUUGCAUGGCCAUUGCUCGAAUGAUCUUGAAUGCGAGCCUCAGGAAAUAUGCUUCCAGAUCGGUAAAGGCGUUCGCAAGUGCGUGGAUGCCUGCAGCAAGCUACAGUGCGGACCUAAUGCAUUGUGCAUCACGCAAAAUCACGUGUCUUCCUGUUUGUGCGUCGACGGUUAUCAGGGCAAUCCGAGUAAUCUGGUCGAAGGUUGUCAGCCAUCCAAGUCUGUGAUACUAGGAUGCACUCACGAUUCGGAUUGUGAGCCAGGUUUCUUCUGCAUCACCUUAGACGGUGGUGUACGCGAUUGCGUAAAUCCCUGCAGCAAAGUGGUGUGCGGCGCUUAUCAGAAAUGCGAGCCUGACAUUGUACCCAGUCAUGCCACCUGUAAAUGUCAAGACGGCUACGAGUGGAAUCCGGUACUGUCGUCUUGCGAGAAGCCGUCGGUGCCCGAUUGCAUAAGCGACAACGAUUGUUAUUCGAGUCAGGCUUGCAGGCCUGACGCGCUUGGCGUACUCAAAUGUAUGUCGCUUUGCGAUGGUUUCACCUGCACCGCGAAUUCUCGCUGCGUGGCGGAAAACCAUCGCGGCCGUUGCGAUUGUCUGCCGGGCUACACCGGUAAUCCGAACGAUCGCCGGGGCUGUCAGAGUCCACGCGAGAACCGUUGCACCACCGACAGUGAGUGUUCAGAAGAUCAGACGUGUCGCGGCACUCCAGACGGUCCACUCGCCUGUCAAUUAGUCUGCGACUUUAUCUCUUGCGGUCCAAACGCGCUCUGCGUUGUCAAUAAUCACGUGGCCAACUGUGAGUGUCCGCCCGGAUCAUAUGCCGGCGACCCGAAUGACCCGACAUCCGGUUGUCGCGCGGUACCCUGCGUCUAUAACAUCGAUUGCCCGCCGGCGCAGCUCUGCAACCGUCUCACGCACACCUGCUACGAUGCCUGCGACGAAAACGCGUGCGGAGUGAAUGCCGUUUGCAUCGCGGAUGACCACAAAGCAAUCUGCCAGUGUCCGCCCGGACUGCGCCCGAAUCCGGUGCCCGACGUCGAGUGCAUUCCCAUCGAAACGUGUCGUCCAGAUUCCUGUCAUCCGACGGCGCUCUGCGUCGCUGGUUCAACGAAUGAGCCAGUAUGUCGAUGUCCGCCGAAUCACGUGGGUGAUCCUUACACGAACGGCUGCCAGCCGGAAGGAUACUGCUCCGGCUCCAAGGACUGUCCGGUGCAUUCCAUCUGUCAUGAACAUCGCUGUGUGAAUCCAUGUGAGAAUGCAUGCGGCCCCAACGCGCUCUGCGAGGUCGUGGACGGUCGGCCAAAUUGUAAGUGCAUCCAUAGAUUCAUACCAUCCUCGAAGGGCCCAGAACACGGCUGCGUACGGGGUACAAAUUACUGCACAGUGGAUUCUGAAUGCGAGAACAGUGUGUGUCUUGAUGGACAAUGCAGAGCUGUUUGUCGUUCAGUUGCCGAUUGCUCAGACGGAGAGAAAUGUAUCAACAACAAGUGUAUGGUAUCAUGCAUUUCGCAUUCUCAGUGCCAAGUGGAUCAGGCAUGUGCUGGCGGAGGGUGUAUUCUUGGUUGUCGCAGCAACAAAAACUGCCUAACUAUCGAAUCAUGUAUUAACAACAAGUGUCAAGAUCCUUGCGACAGAAAAGAUGUAUGUGGACCAAACGCAAUUUGUAGUUGCACAAAUCACGCAGUUACAUGCACGUGUCCUCUUGGUUUUCACGGUAACCCUACUCCGGAACAAGGUUGCGUUCGUGUGCCAAGCACAUGUCAGACUCCGCAAGACUGUCCUAAUCAACAUGUGUGCGUCUCGGGAUUGUGCCAAUGUCAAUGUUCGGAACAAAACAACUGCGCGCAGGGCGAACGUUGCAAAAAUGGUAUUUGCGUAAAGAUAUGUUACAGCGAUAGUAACUGUUUGCCCGGCGAACUGUGUAUCGAUGGUACUUGCGAAGCCGGCUGUACGUCGGAUAUCGGAUGCAAACAUGACGAAGUGUGCAUCAACAACAAGUGCAGAUGCAGCCACGGAUUUAUCGCCGGUCCCGAACAUUGUCUAGAUAUAAAUGAAUGCGAGGAUCAACCGUGUCAUCCGAGCGCCGAAUGUAUUAAUAUUCACGGAUCUUAUCGUUGCACUUGUCCUCAAGGUACCGCGGGCGAUCCCAUAGGAUCGGGAUGCACUCUGCCCCAUCAAUGCAUCUCGCAUACGGAUUGUCCGGACACGCAGGCCUGCAUUCACCACAAUUGUUCGGAUCCAUGCUCUUUCGUCGACUGCGGCUUAAAUACUAUUUGCACAGUCCUGGAUCACACGGCUGGUUGUCAAUGUCAGCCUGGCUACAUCGGCGAUGCGUCGGGUUGUUUCAAAGUAGAAUGUCUUUCCAACAGUGAUUGCCCGACAGAUAAAUACUGCAAUCAGGAGAUCAACAAGUGCAGCAGUCCUUGCAAUCAAGUAAAUUGCGGAUAUGGCAAUUGCCUGGCCAUCGAUCAUGUCAGUGUGUGUAAAUGCUACCCUGGCUUUGUUCUCAUCGGUGACAUCUGCGCUGACGUUAACGAGUGUUUGCAAAAUCCUUGCCAUUCCUCAGCUACAUGCCAGAACACGGAGGGAUCAUUUGCCUGUGUUUGCCCGCAUGGUUUGGUAGGAGAUCCAUUCAAAACUGGUUGUAAAGAACCCGGCGAUUGUUUCACAGAUUCGGAUUGUCCUAAUUCAGCCGCUUGCAUCGAUAAUAAAUGCACUAAUCCAUGUGAUACACCGGGAAUUUGUGGUAGAAAUGCGGAGUGUCUUGCACGUGAUCAUGUUCCAAUCUGCAGAUGUCCUGGACAGACAACAGGAAAUCCAGCAACGGAGUGUACUCAUCUAGAGUGCAACUAUCAUAGCGACUGCAGUCAAUCAGAUGCAUGUUUCGAUCAUAAAUGCGUCGAUCCUUGUUCUCUUUCGAAUGUUUGUGGACAUGGAGCUGAUUGCUCUGCGCUCAAUCAUAGCGCGGUGUGUACCUGUCAACCUGGCGGCACAGGUGAUCCGAAUCUUGGAUGCACGCCACUCCAAUAUUGCAAGACUGAUUCGCAGUGCGCAACCGGUUCGGUGUGCAAUGGAGGUAUAUGUACAGCGCUUUGCGGAAGUAUGAGAGAUUGCAUCGGCGAUCAACUCUGCAUCAAUGGCGUUUGUCAACCUACUUGUCGAAGUAAUUCCAGCUGUCCAGAAUACCAAUACUGCCAUAACAACAUAUGUGUUCAAGAAUUACGUUGCACAUCAGACAAUGACUGUGCAUAUGAUGAAAAGUGUAUUAAAAACAAUAUCGGACAGGCGGAGUGCCGUGCAGCUUGUGAUUUGAUACUUUGCGGCCGUAAUGCCGAAUGUAAAGCUGAUAAUCACGCCGCAACGUGUACCUGUAAGCACGGUUUCUUCGGAAACUCUAAAGACGAUAAGAUUGGCUGUCAACCUAUCGAAUGCGAAGUUAACGAAGAUUGUACUCAGGAAAAGAUUUGCGAUUUGCAUAGAUGUAGAAUUGCCUGCCUCGCUCAUAAUCCUUGUGGCGUAAAUGCGAUUUGCACAACGGAGAAACACGUACAAAUUUGUACGUGUCAACCCGGAUACACGGGAGAACCCACACAUGCUUGCGAACUGAUAGAUUACUGCGCCAACGCGCCCUGCGCACCAGGUGCAUUGUGCGAAAAUUCACGGGGACACUUCAAAUGUCAUUGUCAACCCGGUACUGUCGGAGAUGCUUAUAACAGCGGCUGUCAAGCGCCGGUGGAAUGUCUCCAGGAUGCAGACUGCCCACUAACUGCCAAAUGUGUUAAUAUUAACAAUGUACCAAAAUGUUUCGAUACUUGCGCACGUAUCCGAUGUGGUCCAAAUGCAGAUUGUAUUGCGGGUAACCAUAGCGCGAGUUGUGAGUGUCGCACUGAUUACGAAGGCGAUCCGAAUAAUCUAAGCGUAGGAUGUCGUCCGAAACCGAUAGUCUGUUCAUCGCACGUCGACUGUCCGGUCAAUACUUAUUGUUACGAGGGUAUUUGCCGACCAUCUUGUCAAUCGGACGAGGAAUGCAACUUGUCCGACGUUUGCUUGAACGGACAAUGUUUGUAUCCGUGCGACGUGAGAGAAGCCUGCGGCAUAAACGCCGAAUGCAAAGUGAAAAGUCACAUUAAACAGUGUAGCUGUCCACCAGGCUUCACCGGCAACUCUGAAGUGGAAUGCGUAAGAUUGCCAGUAUCCUGUCUAGGAAGCGGGGAUUGCAAUCAAGGCAACACUUGCCGCGAAAACGUUUGUUUACCAAUCUGCACUAUCGACGACGAAUGUGCAUUGAAUGAAAAGUGCAUUCGCGGCAACUGCUUGCUGACCUGCCGACUGGACAACGAUUGCUUCUUAGGCCACAUCUGCCUGAACAAUAUGUGCACAUUCGGUUGUCGCGCCGAUGAGGAUUGCAACGCGAACGAGGCGUGUUCAGGCAACAAGUGCGUGAAUCCAUGCGAAGCCACGCCGUGCGGACCGAAUGCCAAAUGUAUCGUCUUCAAUCAACGCGCCACAUGUUCUUGUCCCUCAGGCUUCAUGCCUAAUCCGACGGCCAAAGUCGCGUGCCUGAGGUCACCCGGUCCUACUUGUACGACUAAUCGGGAAUGCGCUGUGGGUAUGGCUUGCGUCGCCGGUACAUGUACAUCUGUGUGCUCGACUAAUGCGAACUGCUUGAGCAAUGAGAGAUGCGAUAGCUCCGGUAUCUGCAAAUCACUUUGCAGACGGGACGAAGACUGCAGGAGUGGCGAGAUCUGCGAGGGACUGGUAUGCGUUUCCGGUUGUCGGGCGGACAUUGAAUGCCAGGACAAUUAUGGGUGUAUAAACAACCAGUGUACAGAUCCAUGCUUGUUGGCUGACGCUUGCGGUGUAAAUGCCAAGUGUACAACUGUCAAUCAUCAAAAAAUAUGCACAUGCUCACCGCCUUUAAUAGGGGACGCUCGUAUUGGAUGCAAGCAAACUUUCCUUUCUUGCUCAUCUGAACUUGAAUGUUUACCGGGACAAGCAUGCUAUGGUAGAUCUUGUUAUUCCACGUGUAAAAGCGAUGCGAACUGCUUGAGCGAUGAACGUUGCGACAGCGGUAUUUGUAAAGCUAUAUGUAACAGCGAUGAUCACUGCGUUGCGAAUCAAAUAUGUCACAAUCGCAUGUGUGAUAUAGGAUGUCGCAGUGAUAACACAUGUCCAAGUGAUGAAUCUUGUAUCAACAAUCAAUGCAAAAAUCCAUGCGAGGGUGGCAAGGCAUGCGGAGAGUGUGCUGGUUGUCGCGUUGUAAAUCACGUAGCUCAAUGUAACUGUCCCGCUAACUAUUACGGCAACGCAUUGAUCAAUUGCGCCAAGACCAUGAUUCCUUGCGAUGGUUUGUGCGAGUGCGACGAGAUCGGUUUUUGCACCACCAGUUGCCAUAAUCAAAAUGACUGUUCUUGCGGAGAGAUUUGUCACAGUGGCAAAUGUCGCAUCAAAUGCGACAUCAAUAACGCCUGUCCAAAGGGCUACGUAUGCGAUGGAGGUUUGUGCCUGAUCGGCUGUCGCACUCAUUCCGACUGCCCGUCAUCAUUAUCGUGCACGAAUGGUCAAUGCGAAAAUCCGUGUUCCGCUCAUGGAUCACCCUGUGGAAUAAACGCACUUUGCCGCGUCUCGAAUCAUCGCGCGGUUUGCUUGUGUCCGGAAGGUUAUCAGGGCGAGCCGAGCCAGGAAUGCUAUCAAUUGGAGUGCCAUCAUGACAAUGAUUGCGAGCCGAACAAGCAUUGUAGUGAAUAUGGAGUCUGCACAAAUCCGUGCUUACAGCAUGGCGUUUGUGGCUUCAACGCGCAAUGUCGAGUAAUUAACAGAAAGGCGCAGUGUUCCUGUCCGCCGGGACAUUUUGGCAAUCCAAAGAUCAAUUGCAAGAAAGGUGGAGAUGAAUGUUUACGAAGAUCUUGCGGUGUUAACGCUAAAUGCCGAGAAACUCUAAAUGGUUUUGAAUGCACGUGUGAUCCGGGAUGCCAUGGUGAUCCACAUCAAGUGUGCCUCUGCGAUGGCGAUCUCUGUAAGGAUACUCGUUGCGGUGUCAAUGCAGCCUGUCGAAUUUAUAAGAAUCAACCGCAAUGUUAUUGCCCAUCGAAUUAUCCAUCGGGCGAUCCGAUGCACGCAUGUAGCUCGGAUAGAGAUUUAGGAGACUGUCGAACGAAUGGAUGCGGAAAGAAUGCCGAGUGCAUUCGGGACGGAGCUAUAUUUGUCUGCCGAUGUCCACCAGGUACUAGCGGAUCGCCCGAUAUCGAGUGCACGACAGAGCGCGAAUGCACCAGCGACUUAGAGUGUCCCAAUGAAAAAGCCUGCAUAAAUCUACAAUGUCUGGACCCGUGCGCGCUACGCGGUGCCUGUGGGAUCAAUGCUCUGUGCAGAGUGGUUCUGCAUAAACCGCGUUGCUCGUGCCCGCACUGUUAUAUCGGCAUGCCCCAUACGGCCUGCCAUCCAGAUUCUAAAUGCGAUACGCUCAAUCCUAAACCUACGCCGAGCAUUGGUUGUUCCUCCGACCACGACUGUCCAGAGAGCCUCUCCUGCCACUCCCAGACAGGCGAGUGUCGCGAUCCGUGUUUGAGUUAUCGGUAUACCUGUGAGAUCAACAAGAGAUGUCAGGUACGGAAUCGCAGGCCUACGUGCGUUUGCAAAUAUGGUUUUGUGGUCAACGAAAUCGGGGAGUUGACCUGCGCCCCUGAUACGCUCACCUGCUCAAGGGACUUCGAUUGCCCGUCGAAUGCCGCGUGCGUCAACGGGAAAUGUCAGAAUCCCUGUAACGUGCGAAAUAAAAGACCGUGCCCGGCCGAUAAAACCUGCGAUGUCCUGGACCAUCAUCCCGUGUGUAUUUGCACCAAAAACUGCAAUCCCUCCCUCUCCAUUUGCCUGCGAGACAGUGGCUGCUCUCCAGACUUGGCGUGCCGCAACUAUCGCUGCGUGGAUCCAUGCAGAAACUCCACCUGUCCGGCUGAUGCCCCCUGUUACGUGGAGGAGCACAAGCCUAUCUGCAAGUUCUGUCCCCCCGGCUUUGUGCCAGAUACUAAAUACGGAUGCAUGAAAGCAGUUCUUCACCCCAUGCCUAAGCCAGUUUGCAAAUCCGAUGAUGACUGCAGUGACGUAGAAGCUUGCAUCGAAAGUUCCUGUGUUGAUCCCUGUAUCAACAAAUGUCAAUUGGCAGUUCAGUGUCGGGUUGAAGCGCACAGGCCUAUUUGCAGUUGCGAUCCUAACGACAAACAGUGUUCAUAUAAUGGCGUAACAACAUUACGUUCUAUAGAUUCAGAUCACGCAUCUUCCGAAACCGUUCGUACUACAUUACGAACAAGCACUAAUCUUCCUCCGUCUAUACCUCCUAUUUCCACCACGGAAAUAUCAAUCGCAUAUACGGAGAAAAAUACAGUUCCUUUUACCGAAGUUACUGAAAAUUUGUUGAAAAAUAUUACUACCGAAAUGAUAAAUAUAUCAGAUACAACUGUCGCAUUGACAGAAACUGUUACAGAAUUUUCGGAUCAUACGACGAGUGUAUCUUCGAUAUUGAAUGCAACCGAAAUUAAUAUUUUAAACAAUACUUUGUUUGCAACGACAAACGUUGAUAUGUUAGAAAAUGUUACGUCUAGUCGUUUUACUACUUCAUUAUUCGAAAGCACUGAUUUUGAAACUACUUCAACAGAGUAUACAAAAGCAGGUACAAUUACUACUGAAAGUGAAUUAAUGACUACUUUUCUUAUUCCAUCUACAGAAGAAACUAUUACAGAAAAUGUAUUUUUUUCUACCACAAUCGCGGCAACAAAGAGUGCAUCUGAAUUUGAUUAUGAAAAAAAUUUUACAACAACCAAAAUGUUUGAAACAACUACUAUUCCGAGUAUAACUUUUCCAUUUAUAUUCAAUCGCACCGAUAUUAUUGAUACUACGAUUUCUGAUAAGGGCAUUGAAACAACAACAAUGUCUAAGUCGACGGAAGUAAGUAACGGUGCAGAAGUUCCUAAGAAUGUAACUAUGGUUCCUAUUACAGAAGUUCCUAAUAUAGGUAAUGAAGAAACGUCAAUAAUUACAACGACACAAUAUUUUACUACUGCAGAAUUUAAAGAAUUAACAAAACCAUUAGAAAAAAUUACUGAACCAUACAUAGAAAAUACUGAGAGCACGAUCAGUACUACAUUUUCUAUACAAACAGAUCAUACUGUAUCAUCUCCGAAUAUCCUAGAACAUGCUGAAACAUCUACGAUAAAUAUUGAACGUACCAAAGAAACUACACAAGAAUCGAGCACUGCCGAGAUUGAAUCAUUACAUACCACUGAGUCAUAUGUAAAAGACACCACUCCAUUAUCUGUAAUAACAUCUAAAUCACCUAUAUCUAUGACAGAUGAAUCAACUACUGAUAAUGCCAAUACUCAGAAAAGCACUGAUAUUUCUAUAACAAACCAAUCCGUUAUCAGUGAAGAAUAUACUACAUCUCAAUUUAUAAAAGAAUAUUCUACGAAAGAAUUUGAACCAUCACAACAACCUACAGAACAAUACACUACUUUGAAACAGUACACUACGUCUGCACAGUCUACAGAACAUAUUUCUACUACAGAACAACAUACCACAGAAAAACGUUACACUACAGAACAGCUUAUGACAUCAAAACAGACUACAGAGCAGUAUACUACAUUUACACAACCUACAGGGCAGAUCUCGAUUACGGAACAAUAUAAUACUCCUGAAUAUUCUACAGAGCAAUAUUCUACAACAGAACAAUUUAGAACGUCGCAGCAACCUACAGAACAAUACACCGAAGAGUUUACAAAAUAUAUUUCUACUACAGAACGUUAUGACAUAUCAGAACAUACCACAGAAGAACGUUCCACUACAAAACAGCUUAUGACAUCAGAACAGGUUACAGAGCAGUAUACUACAUUUGCACAAUCUACAGAACAGGUUUCAACUAUGGAACAGUUCCCUACUUCUGAAUAUUUUACGGAAGAAUAUUCUACCACGAAACAGCUUAAAACAUCACAACAACCUACAAAAGAAUCUACUACUUUGAAACAGUAUACGAUUGAAGAAUCGACAGAACAAACCUCUACCAAGGAACAUUAUAGCACAGAAGAAUAUUUUAUUACAGAACAGCUUGAGACAUCGAAGCAACCUACAGAACAACUCACUAUAUCUGAACAAUCUACAGAACAGAUGUCUACUACAGAACAAUAUAGUACCUUCGAAUAUUCUACAGAAGAACAUUCUACUACAGAACAGUCCAUUACAUCUACGCAAUCAUCCUUUACUACACUACAACAUAGUACAACUGGAUACGCUACAGAAGAAUAUUCUACUGCAGAGAAUCUUACUACUCUUGAGAAAUCUACAGAACAAUCCACGCCUGAAAUUUCUUGGAAUAAAACAGAUAUGAUUUGCAACUUGGAUACAGAUUGCACAGAAUGCGAGACUUGCCUGAAUCGUGUAUGUCAGAAUCCGUGUAAGGCCUGUAAUCCAUGCCCAGAGAAUAUUUUAUGCGAUGUUCUGAAUCAUCGGCCUGUGUGCUUAGAAUCAGAGCAGAGUACUUCUAAUUGUAGCAUACUCCCAGACGUGAAAUGCACAACGCAUAACGACUGCCCCAUUCAAUUGGCUUGCGUAAAUCAACAAUGCGUGAAUCCUUGCAACUUGGGAAAUCCAUGCGACUUCGUCGAAGCUUGUCAUGUUCAAUAUCAUAGACCAGUCUGCGUCAAAGUGGACAGCAAUGAAGCGGAAUGUCCUUAUUGUCCACCCGGUAUGCAAUGCGAUCCGUCAACAAAUACGUGCGUCAAAGCGGGUUGCACUAGCAACAGGGAUUGCCCGCUGACAGAGGCGUGCAUCGGGCAUACUUGCCAGGAGCCGUGUCUAGUUCGAAAUCCUUGCGCGGAACAUGCUGUUUGUAUUAAUACGAAUCAUGGAGCAGACUGCAGUUGUGAAGAAGGCUAUCACGGAAACGGAUUCUCCUAUUGUGAUUUGCUAGAAGAAGCCAAAAAUAUUUGCCAAUAUAACGAAGACUGUCCUCCGAACAAAUACUGCGAUCGGCUCAAUAGACAGUGUAUCAAUCCUUGCGUCGAAUUUGACUGCGGAGAAAACACAAAGUGCAUCUCUAAUAAUCAUCAAGCGCAGUGCAUAUGUCUUCCAGGAUAUCAAGGAAAUCCCCAUAUUGGCUGCCAGGAGAUAUCAAUUUUCGAUCCUUGCGUUCCAAAUCCUUGCGGUUUGAACGCGUUGUGCGAGAAUGAUAAUGGAAAUCCCGUCUGUUUCUGUCCAAAAGGUUUAACAGGAAGUCCGUUCGAGCAAUGCAUUCCUGAAGGCGAUCAAUGCGAUGGCGAUCCUUGCGGUGCUAACUCGGGCUGCCGAGUGGUUAACGGACAAGUGAAAUGCUUCUGUCUACCAGGAUACGAAGGAAAUCCACCGCUUUCUCCUUGCACACUUCCCAGUACUUCCUGUGAUCCUUCUCCAUGCGGCCCCAAUACUCGUUGUUCCGUGUUGGAGAAUGGCUUCGCGAAGUGUACCUGUUUACCGGGAUACAUCGAAAGUCCGAACACUAUUCGAGGAUGCGUACCGCAAGCCGAUCAAUGCGAAAUUAAUCCAUGUGGUCUUGGAGCGAGAUGCAACAGCACAAGAGUACCACCUUGCUACUGUCCGGAUCUUAUGAUUGGAAAUCCAUACAAAAGUUGCGGAGCACGCCCAGCAGAACCGUAUGACCCUUGUCUGUUAUCACCCUGCGGCAAGAACGCCAUUUGUACGGCAGUCGACGGUAUAGCUAAAUGCACAUGCAUACCGCCGUUCGUUGGCAAUCCUUAUAUAGACGGUUGCGAAGCCGAGUGUAUUGUUAAUCGAGAUUGCGAGAGUCACCUGGCUUGCUUCAAUCAGCAUUGUAGAGAUCCAUGUCCAGGCGUGUGUGGUGCGAAUGCGCAUUGCGAAGUUGUUAAUCAUCUUCCGAUGUGUUCUUGCUUGCCGGGAUAUACCGGCGAUCCAUUCAGAGCCUGCAAAGUAGAAAAACCUUUAGUACCAGAUCAAAAUCCGUGUAUGCCAUCACCAUGCGGUCCACAUAGUAUUUGCCGUGUGAUGAACGACCGUGCAGUUUGCUCCUGUAGUCCAGGUUAUCAGGGUACUCCGCCGCAUUGCCGUCCAGAGUGUCUUGUCAGUACGGAAUGUCCGGCUCAUCUGGCUUGCAUUAAUCAAAAGUGUAAUGAUCCUUGUCCGGGAUUGUGCGGCUUAAAUGCCGAUUGCCAAGUUAUCAAUCACAAUCCUAUCUGUAGUUGUCCUCGUCAAUACAUUGGCGAUCCAUUCACGCAUUGCACUAAGGAAGAACCUCUACCACCAACCAGCAAUCCUUGCUUGCCAUCGCCAUGCGGAUCGAACGCUGAUUGUCGCGUCCAAGAGAAUCAUCCUAUAUGCACGUGCAUCAGCGGUAUGUUUGGAGCACCACCGAAUUGCAGACCGGAGUGCAUGAUUGAUCAAGAUUGCAUCAGUUCCUUGACUUGUAUUCAAAAGAAAUGUCUGGAUCCAUGCGUUGGAUCAUGCGGUUUCAACACGAAUUGUACGGUGCAGAAUCAUCGACCUAUAUGCCAGUGUUACGAAGGCUAUGAAGGUGAUCCUUUCUCAGGCUGUGCUAAAGCUGUUUUCCCAUCGCAAUUGCCAUGCGAUCCUUCGCCGUGCGGUGCAAACGCUGUAUGUAAAGAGCGUAAUGGCGCAGGCUCUUGUACGUGUCUGCCCGAUUAUACCGGAGAUCCAUACGUAGGCUGCAGACCGGAAUGCGUGCAAAACUCAGAUUGCGCUCACACAAAGGCUUGCAUUAAUAACAAAUGCAAAGAUCCCUGUGUAGGCGCGUGCGGAAUUAACGCGCAAUGCCAAGUUUAUAAUCAUCAACCAUCUUGCAGUUGCCUCUACGGUUACACUGGAGACCCGCUUACAUCUUGCCACAUACCAAUAAAACCUCCAGUGCAAGGUGAUACGUGCCAACCAUCUCCCUGCGGACCAUACAGUAAUUGCCGCGUUAUCGAUAAUCAUGCAGUGUGCUCCUGCCAACCUAAUUAUAUUGGUAGCCCACCAUCCUGCCGACCGGAAUGCGUAGUCAGUACGGAUUGUAGCCCGAACACGGCGUGCAUUAAUCAGAGAUGUAAAGAUCCAUGCAUAGGCACGUGCGGCGUAAAUGCAGAUUGUCGAGUGAUCAAUCAUAAUCCAGUUUGUAUUUGUGCGAUCGGAUAUAGUGGAGAUCCAUUCUUUGGAUGCGUCAAAGAAGUAGAAGUAACACCAGCACCAAGACCAAGCGGCAAUCCAUGCGUACCCUCGCCAUGUGGACCGAAUUCCCAGUGUCGGGUAAUUGACGGUUUCCCGGCAUGCUCAUGUUUGCCGAAUUAUGUGGGCCGGGCGCCAAAUUGCCGUCCUGAAUGUGUCAUAAACGAAGGAUGUCCUGGAAACCUGGCAUGCCAAAAAGAGCAAUGCGUGGAUCCGUGCCCAGGCUCUUGCGGCGUGAAUACCUAUUGCAAUGUCGUGAAACACAAUCCCGUCUGCAUCUGUAAUGAUGGUUACACUGGCAAUCCAUUCACGGAAUGUACACCUAUCAUGGAAGCACCCAUUACAACGGAACAACCACGUACGCCAUGCAAUCCAUCACCGUGUGGCGCUAACGCUGUGUGCAAUGAACGGAACGGCGUCGGAUCUUGCACGUGUUUGCCGCAGUAUUUCGGCGAUCCGUAUAUCGCUUGCAGACCUGAAUGUGUGACCAACACCGAUUGUGAUCGCAACAAGGCUUGUCUGAACAACAAGUGUGUUAAUCCCUGCCCAGGUACCUGUGGUCAGGAUGCUACGUGUCGGGUGGUUAAUCAUGCCCCCAUGUGUUCCUGUCUGCCGGGUUAUACUGGCGAUCCAGUGAAUGGUUGUACCAUCGUCGAUAUCGCGACACCGUUACCCUCACCAAUCGAUCCAUGCGAUCCGUCGCCGUGCGGACCUAAUAGUAAUUGCCGAGUUCAAAACGGACACGCAGUGUGCCUAUGCCAGCCAGGAUUCUCCGGAAUUCCGCCGACUUGUCGACCGGGAUGCAUCGUUAGCUCCGAGUGUCCGCAAAACAAGGCGUGCAUAAACAAUAACUGCGCGGAUCCAUGUCCCGGUUCUUGCGGACAGAAUACAAAUUGUCUCACAGUGAAUCAUAAUCCCAUCUGCAGCUGCGCUAGCGGCUACUCCGGUGAUCCUUUUGUGCACUGCGUCAGGAUCAGCACCACGUUGCCAUUGCCGAAGGAAGAGGGAGAUCCGUGCUUGCCCAAUCCAUGCGGUCCCAACUCGCAAUGUAAAGUAGUAGGCUUGUAUCCGGCAUGCUCUUGCUUGCAGAACUACAUUGGCCGUCCACCUAACUGCAGGCCAGAGUGCACCGAUAAUUCGGAAUGCUUCAACACUGCGGCAUGCAUCAAUCAAAGAUGUAAGAAUCCCUGCCCCGGCGCUUGCGGCGAGCUCGCCAGAUGCACAGUGCAGAAUCAUGUUCCAUUCUGUACUUGUCCCGAAGGAUACGAAGGUGAACCCACUGUGCGUUGCGUUCUGGCGCUUCCGCCAGCAAUAGACAGACCUGUCGCACAUCCGUGCUCGCCGAAUCCUUGCGGGCCUAAUGCGCAAUGUCGUGAGAGAAAUGGAGCAGGCGCUUGUGGAUGUCUACCAGAUCUGAUUGGUGAUCCUUAUGACAUUGUCAAGGGAUGCCACAGGGAAUGCGAAACAAACAAUGACUGCGCACCGCAGUUAGCAUGUGUUGGCUUUAAAUGCACGGAUCCAUGUCCUAAUACGUGUGGAACGUUGUCUAUAUGCAAUGUACAAGCGCACGUUCCUAUUUGCUUGUGUCCACCAGGAUACACGGGAGAUCCAUACUUUGCUUGCGAAAUCAAGGAAAUGACAAAAACGUUGGAACCAUGUUCUCCAUCACCUUGUGGACCCAACAGUAAAUGCCGAGUCGUUAAUGGGCAAGCAGUAUGCAGCUGUUUACCAGACUAUAGGGGAAUUCCGCCAUCAUGCAGGCCAGAAUGCAUUGUUAAUGCUGAAUGUCCACCACAUCUAGCAUGUAUAAAUACAAAAUGCGCGGAUCCAUGCCCAAAUUCCUGUGGAUUGAGAGCGCAAUGUACUACGAAAAAUCACAAUCCGAUUUGCACUUGCCCUGCCGGUUUCACAGGAGAUCCUUUCACUUUGUGCUCCCCACACGUUCCUGAAGACAUGCCGAUAACUGAACGGCCUCCAUCGUGCACCCCGUCGCCUUGCGGUCCGAACUCUUUGUGUCAAAUCAUAUCCGGCAAUCCUGCAUGCUCCUGCCUGCCUAAUUACAUUGGUGUACCGCCACAAUGUCGACCAGAAUGCAUUUUGAGCUCCGAGUGCAAGAGUCAUCUCGCAUGUGUCAAUCAGAGAUGCUCGGACCCGUGCCCAGGCUCGUGUGGAAUAAACGCUCAAUGUCACGUAUUGAAUCAUUUGCCAGUUUGCACAUGCAUGGAAGGUUUCACCGGGGAUCCAUUUACGCAAUGCAGCAUUAUUCCGCCAGUUACGGAACCACCGCCUACGGAUCCUUGCGCUCUAUUUCCGUGUGGUUCAAACGCUGUAUGUGAUAAUGGCGAAUGUAAAUGCUUACCCGAAUACAUCGGUAAUCCUUAUGAAGCUUGUCGUCCCGAAUGUAUUCUUAAUUCCGAAUGUCCUCGCGAUAAAACUUGUCUGAAGAAUAAAUGCAAAGAUCCCUGUUCUGGAAUAUGCGGUCAGAAUGCGCAAUGUGACGUCGUGAAUCAUAUUCCUGUUUGCUCCUGUCCAUCCGGAUAUAUAGGUGAUCCAUUCGUCAACUGUCGCGUUCAACCUACAGUGCCGGAAUCUCGAAGAGAUCCCUGCACACCCUCGCCUUGCGGACCGAACAGUCAAUGCCGUAAUAUCGAGGAUCACGCUGUGUGCUCUUGUCUCCGAGGCUACCUCGGUUCUCCGCCAUCCUGCAGACCGGAAUGUCUUGUUAGUUCUGAAUGUCCGCCAACGCGGGCUUGCGUAAACAAGAAGUGCACAGACCCGUGCUUGGGUUCUUGCGGUUUGAACGCAAGAUGCGAAGUGAUCAACCACUCGCCAAUAUGUAGCUGUUUACCUUCGCAAACGGGAGAUCCUUUCAAGAGUUGUUAUGACAUUCCAAUUCCACAGGAACCUAAAGAUCAAGGCGAUCCGUGCAUUCCUUCGCCAUGUGGACCAAACGCAAUCUGUCAGAAUGCAAACGGUCAACCGUCAUGUUCGUGUCUGCCUACAUACAUCGGCAUUCCACCAUCAUGCCGGCCGAAGUGUUUGAUCAACCCUGACUGUCCGCCGCAAAAAUCUUGUAUAAAUAUGAAAUGUAAAGAUCCCUGCCCAGGAUCCUGCGGAGACAACACUGAGUGCAAAGUAGUGAAUCACGCAGUGACCUGUUCCUGUAAGAUUGGAUAUAUUGGCAAUCCGUUUGUGCAAUGUGUGCUAGAAGAAGAAACGAUGAAUCCAUGUGAGCCUUCGCCAUGCGGAGCCAAUGCGAUUUGUCAACAACGAGAUAACGCGGGUGCUUGCAUUUGCAUCGAUGAUUAUUCCGGAAAUCCUUAUGAGGGCUGUCAACCAGAAUGUGUUUUGAGCGCGGAUUGUCCCACGAACAAGGCUUGCAUUCGCAACAAGUGCAAGGAUCCUUGUCCUGGCGUAUGCGGCGUACGAGCACAGUGUUCGGUGAUCAAUCAUAUUCCCACAUGUACUUGUGAACCUGGAUACAUCGGUGAUCCGUUUACAAUUUGUACACUUCAACCGGAAAUCGAUACGGAGCCCACCGUCAGAGAUCCAUGUUCUCCGACACCCUGCGGACCGAACAGCUUGUGCCGUGCUUUAAACAACCAAGCUGUCUGUACGUGUCAAGAGUCUUUCGUAGGCGUUCCACCAAAUUGCAAGCCCGAAUGCGUCGUCAAUUCUGAGUGUCCGCAGAAUAGAGCGUGCUACAAAUAUAAGUGCACAGAUCCGUGCCCUGGUACUUGCGGAGUCGAGGCCAAUUGCCGUGUCAUUAAUCACAAUCCGCUCUGCAGCUGUCCGCAGGGAAAGACGGGCGAUCCUUUCUCCAGAUGUUUCCCCGAGCCUGUGGUGCCGCUACCACCGAUGGAUCCUUGUUUCCCCAGUCCAUGUGGACUUUAUGCGGAGUGUAAAGUUGUCAACGAUCAAGCCGCGUGCACCUGCUUGAAAAAUUACAUUGGAAUACCACCCAAUUGCCGCGCGGAAUGCGUAGUUAAUACAGAUUGUCCGUCAGAUCAAGCUUGCAUCUCGGAAAAAUGUCGCGAUCCUUGUAUCGGCUCUUGUGGUCAGAAUGCUGAUUGUCGAGUUCAAAAUCAUAUACCGGUUUGCUUGUGUCAACCUGGCUAUUCUGGCGAUCCCUUCACUUUGUGCACAGUAAUUAAAGAACAACCAAAGGUUCCGCAAGAUUUAUGUAAUCCUUCUCCUUGUGGACCUAAUGCGGCGUGCAACGAAGGCGUGUGCACCUGUUUGCCCAACUAUUUUGGGGACGCGUAUUCUUAUUGUCGACCGGAAUGCACAAUGAAUUCUGAUUGUCCUCGCAUCAAAACGUGUAUCAAUCAAAACUGCGUGGAUCCUUGUCCAGGCACAUGCGGUCGUGAUGCACGUUGCGACGUUGUUAAUCAUGUCCCAAUGUGCAGUUGUCCACCUGGUUAUACCGGAAAUCCGUUCCUUUUAUGCCAGCCACAUAUACCAGAUGAUAUCACUAAACAGCCUUGCACACCUUCGCCUUGUGGACCAAAUAGCAUCUGUAAAGUUGUAAAUGAUCAUGCUGUGUGUUCUUGUCAACCUGGUUUAAUUGGUAAUCCACCCGCCUGUAAACCAGAAUGCAUUGUCAGCGCCGAUUGUCCAUUGACACAGGCAUGUCUGAAUAAUAAAUGCCAAGAUCCGUGCCCAGGCACAUGCGGACAAAAUACGAAUUGUCAAGUGGUUAAUCAUAAUCCAAUAUGCAGCUGCUCCGAAUCUUACACAGGCGAUCCUUUCACCAUAUGUUAUCCGCAACCAAAAACACCACCUGUACCGACGAACCCAUGUCUACCAUCGCCCUGCGGUCCAAAUGCGGAGUGUCAAGUGAGGGGCGAGAGUCCUGCGUGCUCUUGUAUCCAAAAUUAUAUCGGUUUGCCACCGAAUUGUAGGCCGGAGUGUACUAUCAAUCCCGAGUGUCCGCCGCAAUUGGCGUGUUUGCAACAAAAGUGUCGUGAUCCGUGUGUCAGUCUGUGUGGUCUAAACGCUCAGUGCUCGGUUGUGAAUCAUCAUGCUGUUUGUGCGUGCAUCGCUGGAUAUACUGGAAAUCCAUUCAGCGCUUGCGAACGAAUACCCGAGGAUACGCCCCUAGAUAUUAGAAAACCAUGUGAGCCUUCUCCUUGCGGCCUCAAUGCCAUUUGCCGCGAAAACAAUGGCGUUGGCUCGUGCACCUGUCUACCGGAUUAUCUAGGUGAUCCUUACGAAGGAUGCAGACCCGAAUGCACGCAAAAUUCUGAUUGUACGACAAGAAUGAUGUGCGUGGGCUUGAAAUGCAGAGACCCUUGCCCAGGAACUUGCGGAGUGAAUGCCCAAUGCCAAUCAGUUAAUCAUCUACCAAUCUGUACUUGUAUUCCCGGCUAUACCGGCAAUCCGUUCAUGCAUUGUUCCCCAAUAAUUGAAGACUCCUUGCCAGAAACAAAUCCGUGCAGCCCAUCUCCUUGUGGACCAAAUAGUAAGUGUCAAGAUGUAAACGGCCUUGCCGUUUGCUCUUGUCUUCCGAAUUUUAUCAACAGUCCCCCCAACUGUCGUGCCGAAUGCGUGGUAAACAGUCAAUGCUCUCCGGAUCUUGCUUGCGUCAAUCAGAAAUGUACAUCACCCUGCCCGGACCCAUGUGGAAUAAAUACCCAGUGCAAAGUGAUCAAUCACAGCCCCAUCUGCGUCUGCAAUCUCGGUUAUACCGGGGAUCCUUUUUCGAGAUGUUUCCCCACCCCACAACCGCUAGAUUUUCCUGUAGCCACCAAAGAUCCGUGUCUGCCGUCUCCAUGCGGUAUGUACGCGGAAUGCAGGAAUAUUGGUGGUACAGCAUCGUGCUCCUGUUUGCCAAUAUACAGGGGAUCACCGCCAAAUUGUCGCCCCGAAUGUCGCGUGAAUUCCGAAUGUCCGAUGAAUCUCGCUUGCAACAACGAGAAAUGCAGAGAUCCCUGUUUAGGUUCUUGCGGCAUUACGUCUUUAUGUACAGUGUAUAAUCACGUACCCGUCUGUACUUGUCCCGAAGGAUACACCGGUGAUCCAUUCAGUAAUUGUUAUCCCCGACCAAUUACAACACCACCGGUAAUUAUCGAUCCUUGCGAUUUGAAUCCUUGUGGUCCGAAUGCACGAUGCAACAAUGGAAUUUGCACGUGUCUGUCCGAAUACCAGGGUGAUCCUUACGUAGGUUGUCGUCCCGAAUGUGUCACAAAUACCGAUUGCGCUCUCGAUCGUGCAUGCAUUCGCAACAAAUGCAUGGAUCCUUGUCCGGGCACAUGCGGUCAAAAUGCAUUAUGCUCCGUGUACAAUCACAUACCUAUGUGUACUUGUCCGGCCGGAAUGGCCGGCAAUGCCUUUGUUCAAUGUUCCACUCUUGCAGAUAUCCCGAAGGGAAAUCCUUGCUCACCCUCGCCCUGCGGACCCAACAGUAUUUGCCGAGAAAACAACGGGCAACCAGUGUGCUCAUGUAUUGCCGGAUUUCUUGGCGUACCGCCAACAUGUAGACCGGAAUGCACUGCGAGUUCCGAAUGUCUCUUGACAGAAGCUUGCAGUAAUCAAAAGUGCAUAAAUCCUUGCCUCGGUGCAUGUGGAAUCCGAGCUACGUGUCAAGUGAUCAAUCACAAUCCUAUUUGUAGUUGUGGAGAACUCACUGGAGAUCCAUUCAUCCGAUGCACUUCACGACCACCCGAACCUGUUCUACAAACAAACCCUUGUGUGCCAUCUCCUUGUGGAGCAAAUGCCGAGUGUCGGGCAAUAGGCGAUACUCCCACAUGCUCAUGUCUACCUGAAUUCCUAGGUUCACCACCUUAUUGUAGACCAGAGUGCAUUAGCAACAGUGAAUGUCCCUCACAUUUGGCAUGUAUGAAUAAAAAAUGUAGAGAUCCUUGCGAAGGUUCAUGUGGAACUAAUGCCGAGUGUCGCGUGGUAAGCCACACACCCAUGUGCGUUUGCCCUAGCGACUUCACCGGCGAUCCAUUUACCCAGUGUACAAUAAAACCACCCAUAACUUUUUCAUUGUCACCUUGUAAACCAUCACCUUGUGGCUUUAACGCCAUUUGUAAGGAACAGCAUGGUGUCGGAUCUUGUUCUUGUUUACAAGAUUAUAUCGGCAAUCCUUACGACGGAUGUCGACCAGAAUGCGUUGUCGAUACAGAUUGCAUAUCCACACUUGCUUGUAUACAAUCGAAAUGCAAGGAUCCAUGUCCUGGUGUUUGUGGACAAUUUGCCGAAUGUCAAGUUAUCAAUCAUCAACCCUCUUGCACAUGUAUUGCCGGUUACAGCGGCAAUCCUUUCCACUAUUGCAAUAUAAUCCGUGAUAUUGUUGAUACUUCGAAGGAUGUUUGCAAUCCAUCGCCUUGCGGGCCCAAUAGCCAAUGUCGUAUUAAUAAUAAUCAAGCAGUCUGUUCUUGUCUUCCGACUUUCAUUGGAAGUCCACCCGCGUGUCGUCCCGAAUGCGUGACAAGUUCGGAUUGUCAACUUGCACUUGCUUGCGUAAAUCAAAAAUGCCAAGAUCCUUGUCCUGGCUCUUGCGGUAGAAAUUCAAAUUGCAGGGUCAUAAAACAUAAUCCCAUUUGCUCUUGCAAGAAUGGCUAUACCGGGGAUCCAUUUACCGUUUGCUUCCAAAUGCCUGUGAAUCCGCCCAUUGUAAAUGACGUUGUGAAAGAUCCAUGCAUACCGUCGCCUUGCGGCGUAUUUUCUGAAUGUCGCGAUAUAGGAGGGAUACCAUCGUGUUCUUGUUUACCAACAUACAGGGGCAGUCCUCCAAAUUGUAAACCAGAAUGCACAAUUAAUGCGGAAUGUCCGGCUAAUAUGGCUUGCAUGCGACAAAAGUGUAGGGAUCCCUGUCCAGGUUUAUGCGGCAUAAUGGCUGAAUGUAGCGUCGUGAAUCACGUGCCGAUUUGUUCAUGUUUACCCGAUUAUACCGGCGAUCCUUUCGUCCAGUGUUCCAUAAAUUCAUUUCCUACUCAAUUGUCUAAACCGGAUCCAUGCACACCUUCGCCUUGCGGAUCUAAUACGCAGUGUAACGGAGGAAUUUGCACUUGCAUGAUAGAAUAUUUUGGGGACCCGUACAGCGGUUGUCGUCCGCAAUGCGUAUUAAAUAAUGAUUGCCCGAAUACGCAGGCAUGUGUGCGAAACAAAUGCGUGGAUCCUUGUCCAGGCGUUUGUGGCCAAAAUGCCAUGUGCAAUGUGUACAAUCAUGUUCCCAUGUGUACUUGCCUCGCAGGAAUGAUUGGAAAUGCUUUUGUCUUGUGCUCUCCCGUUUCAGCACCCUCCGUUAGCAAUCCAUGUAAUCCGUCUCCAUGCGGUCCGAACAGUCAAUGUAGACAAAAUAACAUGCAGGCCGUAUGUAGUUGCAUAAGCGGAUUUGUCGGAGCGCCUCCGACUUGCAGGCCCGAAUGUGUAAUCAGUUCAGAUUGUCCGAAGAACGAGGCGUGUACCAAUCAAAAAUGUCGGGACCCUUGUCCAGGAAGUUGUGGACGCAAUACAAUUUGCAAUGUCAUUAAUCAUAAUCCCAUUUGUGCAUGUCGUCCUGGGAUGGCUGGGGAUCCGUUUAUUAAUUGCUUCCCACUUCCUGAAGAACCAUUACCCGUGCUCAAUCCCUGUCAACCAUCACCGUGCGGACUAAACGCGCAAUGUCAAGUGAUCAAUAAUCAACCAUCUUGUUCGUGUUUGCAAGAAUUUAUCGGAUCACCCCCGAAUUGUCGAUAUGAAUGCAUCAGCAAUAGCGAAUGCUCAAAUAAAAUGGCCUGCAUCAAUCAAAAAUGUCGCGAUCCAUGCGUCAAUGCAUGCGGAAUCAAUGCCGUUUGCAAUGUUGUUAGUCACACGCCGAUGUGCGCGUGUACAUCCGGUUAUACCGGUGAUCCAUUCACGCAAUGCUCUCCCGAACAAUUUGAUAUACAGCCUAGUAUAGCCACACCAUGCACACCAUCUCCGUGUGGUGCGAAUGCAAUAUGUAGAGUUCUGCAAAACGCCGGUUCUUGCUCAUGUUCGCAAGAUUAUGUGGGAAAUCCCUAUGAAGGAUGCAGACCUGAAUGCACACUUAAUUCUGACUGCCCAUCCAAUCAGGCGUGCAUCAAUUUAAAAUGCAAAGAUCCAUGUCCAGGAACGUGCGGUCAGAACGCGCAAUGCUAUGUGAUUAAUCAUGCACCGACUUGCACUUGUUUCGAACGAUUUACAGGAAAUCCAUUUAUAUACUGCAAUCUUUUCACCGAAACCCCGGCUGUAUCAGAUAACGUUGAUCCCUGUCAACCAUCUCCUUGUGGACCAUAUAGUCAAUGUAAACCAAAUAAUGGCCAAGCUGUUUGUUCUUGCCUUGCAAAUUAUAUCGGCGCACCACCCGGUUGUAAGCCCGAAUGUACAGUUAGCACGGAGUGCGCGAUAAAUCGCGCCUGCGAAAAUAAUAAAUGCAUUGAUCCUUGUCUAAACUCGUGCGGUCAAGGAACGAUAUGUAGAGUCAUAAACCAUAGUCCAAUAUGUAUGUGUAAAUCCGGAUUCAGCGGUGAUCCAUUCACGCGCUGCACAUUCAUACCACCCACUUCAUUACCAAGUCUGCCUUUGGACCCUUGCAUACCUUCUCCGUGCGGACCCAAUUCGCAAUGUCGCAAUGUCAAUGGUUAUCCAUCUUGUUCUUGUAUGAUUAAUUAUAUUGGUACACCGCCAAAUUGUCGUCCUGAAUGCAUCAUUCCUGCUGAUUGCCCGAGCAAUCAGGCUUGUAUUCGCGAGAAAUGUCAAGAUCCCUGUCCAGGUUCUUGCGGUCUGAAUGCUGAUUGUAUUGUUCAUAAUCACAUUCCAAUCUGCAGAUGUAUAGAAAGUUAUACUGGCGAUCCGUUUAUCGGUUGCCAACUUAUGCCAAUCAACGACAUACCAGUGGAAAAACCUGAUCCAUGUAGUAAAUCACCCUGUGGGCCAAAUGCUCGAUGCGACAAUGGCAUUUGUACUUGUUUACCUGAAUAUUUCGGCGAUCCAUAUUUUGGAUGUCGACCAGAAUGCGUAUUAAGUGCGGAUUGUUCCACCGAUCGGACGUGCAUACGAAAUAAAUGCGUAGAUCCCUGUCCAGGUACUUGUGGACAAAACAGUUUAUGCAAUGUGAUAAAUCACACACCGAUGUGCAGUUGCCCUUCCGGUACCACCGGAAACGCGUUCAUCUCUUGUGAUGUAAUGAAAGUACCGAUCGUGACAAGACCGUGCAGUCCAAAUCCCUGUGGUCCGAAUAGCAUAUGUCGCGAAUUUAAUGGACAGGCCGUUUGCACAUGUGCGCCAGAAUUCCUCGGAUCACCACCCCUCUGCCGACCUGAGUGUACUCUCAGCUCCGAUUGUCGACCAAAUGAAGCUUGCAUCAAUCAGAAAUGCAAAGAUCCUUGUCCCGGUACAUGCGGCGUUCAAGCGAGAUGCGUAGUGAUCAACCAUAAUCCUGUUUGCUCGUGUCCCGAACGCUACACAGGCGAUCCAUUCGUCAGAUGCGAUGUCAUAAAACCAGUAGCGCCUGCAAUAAAUCCGUGUCAACCUUCGCCCUGCGGUCCGUACGCUCAGUGCCAAGUCAUUAACGAUCUGCCGUCCUGUUCAUGCCUGCCCGAGUACAGAGGUUCGCCUCCGUAUUGCCAACCCGAAUGCAUCUCCAAUCCCGAAUGUCCUGGUCAUCAGAGUUGCGUGCGGCAAAAGUGCAUAGAUCCUUGCCCAGGUCUAUGUGGAGAGAAUGCGGAAUGCCAUGUGGUGCAACACGUACCUCAUUGCAUUUGUUCUUAUGGUCUUACCGGUGACCCAUACACGCGCUGCUCGGUGAUACCUCAACUGGAACCAGAAUCGUCGCCCUGCGCAAACUUCGAAUGCGGCACAAACGCAAUAUGUAGAGAGCGAGACAGCAUCGCAAUUUGUCAGUGUACUUCUAAUUACGUUGGCAAUCCGUACUUAGCGUGUCGACCCGAAUGCGUUAUUAAUCCCGAUUGUUCAUCUAAUUUGAUGUGUAUAAGAAACAAGUGUGUCAAUCCCUGCGCCGGCGUGUGCGGCCAAAAUGCUGAGUGCUCAGUUGUUAAUCAUCAACCAAUGUGUAUAUGUCUCCCCGGAUAUACUGGAGAUCCCUUUGUCUCUUGUUUCGUGAAUAAAAUAAUCUCAGAUGAGAACGUUUGUGCCCCGUCACCCUGCGGACCCAACAGCAAAUGCAAAGAAGUAUCUGGACAGGCAGUUUGUUCAUGCCUGCCUACGUACGUUGGAACUCCACCAGCAUGUAGACCCGAAUGUGUCGCUAGCUCAGAAUGUCCCCCGCAAUUAGCAUGCAAGGAUUACAAAUGCGUGAAUCCCUGUCCAAGCCCAUGCGGACUCAAUACCAAUUGUGUAGUCGUUAAUCACAGCCCCAUCUGCAGUUGUAUGGCCGGUUACAGCGGAGAUCCGUUCACCAUAUGCACAUUAAUUCCACCUGUAACACCACCAAUAAUAGAAAAAGAUCCAUGCGUGCCGUCUCCGUGCGGUAGUUUCUCCCAAUGCAGAAGUAUCGGUGGUUCUCCCGCGUGUACUUGCUUGGAAAAUUACAUAGGUCAACCACCUAAUUGCCGACCCGAGUGUAUCAUACACUCAGAGUGCCCGAGCGAUAAAGCCUGCAUCAACAUGAAGUGUGUGGAUCCGUGUCCCGGCUCGUGCGGCACCAAUGCCCUAUGUUCAGUCAUUAAUCACAUUCCCACAUGCAGAUGCCCCGAAGGAUACACAGGAAAUACGUUUAUUUUCUGCGAGAUUGUAGCGACACCAAUUUCAUCCCCAGUCGAAGACCCUUGCGUUCCUUCACCCUGCGGUCCCAACGCGGAAUGCUCGAAUGGUAUUUGUAAUUGUAUACCUGAAUUCCAAGGAAAUCCAUAUAUAGGUUGUCGUCCGGAAUGCGUUCUAAAUGCCGACUGUCCUCGCGAUAGAGCGUGCAUGCGUAAUAAAUGUCUGGACCCGUGCCCUGGAGCUUGUGCCUUUAACGCAUUAUGCACAGUGAUCGGUCACGUUCCUAUGUGUAAUUGUCCAGGAAAUAUGACCGGCAAUGCAUUUAGUCAAUGCACACCUUUACAAGAUAUGCCACCCGCUAAUCCAUGUGUUCCUUCUCCCUGUGGACCAAAUAGCGAAUGUCGCGUUAUAAACAAUCAAGCGGUUUGUUCCUGUGUAAGAGGAUAUCUAGGUAGUCCCCCGACCUGCAGACCUGAAUGCAUAGUCAGCACGGAUUGUCCGCAGAAUGAGGCUUGUAGCAAUCAGAAGUGUACAAACCCUUGUCUAGGAAGUUGCGGAUUAAAUGCCUUGUGUCAUGUAGUGAAUCACAAUCCGAUUUGCGUUUGUCCUCCUCUUCAAACGGGUGAUCCUUUUGUUAGAUGUUACCAAGAACCUCAACAGUUACCCUUACCUUCCUCGCCAUGUAAACCAAAUCCGUGCGGUCCGAAUUCGCACUGCCAAGCACGCGAUGACCAAUCUGUAUGCACAUGUUUACCCGAUUUCGUCGGCAAUCCGCCUAAUUGCAGAGCAGAGUGCGUCAGUAAUAGCGAAUGUGCUAAUCACUUGGCUUGCAUCAAUCAAAAAUGUCAGAAUCCGUGCGUUGGUUCUUGCGGUGCGAAUGCAAAUUGUCACGUUGUUAGUCAUACCCCAAUGUGUUCUUGCGUGGAUGGUUUCACCGGUGAUCCAUUCACGCAAUGCAUUUUCAGAGAACCCACACCAUUAUCGCCUGCAACAGUUGAUCCAUGUAGCCCCUCUCCUUGCGGCUCCAAUGCAGUCUGCAAGGAAUUCAACGGUGCCGGUUCGUGUACAUGCUUACAGAACUAUAUCGGUAACCCGUACGAAGGAUGCAGACCGGAAUGCGUUCUAAAUUCGGAUUGUCCUGCCAAUCUGGCUUGCAUAAAUACAAAAUGUAGAGAUCCAUGUCCGGGAUCGUGCGGACGCAACGCAUUAUGCCAAGUAAUCAAUCACAUGCCGGUGUGCAAUUGCUAUCCCAGAUAUACCGGCAACGCUUUCUUAUAUUGCAAUCUGAUAGAAAUAGAAGGAGAAGAUGCUGUUAGUAAUCCCUGCGAACCAUCACCUUGUGGGCCUAAUAGCUUGUGUCGUGUAGUGGGUGGUACGAGCGUCUGCACUUGUUUACCCACCUUCUUGAGCAGCCCACCAAAUUGUCGCCCCGAGUGUACUGUUAGCGCCGAAUGCGCCUUCAAUCUGGCAUGCAUCUCGAAUAAAUGUAGCGAUCCUUGUCGUGGUUCUAGAUUGUGCGGUUCUAAUGCGAGAUGUGAAACGAUCAAUCAUAAUCCUAUAUGUUCGUGCCCACCUAGUUUUACCGGCGAUCCAUUCAUUGCCUGUUUUGAUAUGCCACCUAAAGAUGAAGAACCUCGUCCAUUUGUGAAUCCUUGCGCACCUUCACCCUGCGGACCUUUCUCGGAAUGCCGUGACAUUAACGGUCAAGCAUCAUGCGCUUGUUUAUUGACAUAUAUAGGAACACCACCUAAUUGCAGGCCUGAAUGUACAAUUAAUUCAGAAUGCUCGACUAAUCAGGCAUGUAUACAGAGAAAAUGUCGAAAUCCUUGCGAUGGAGUUUGCGGUGUAGGAGCAACUUGUAACGUGCAUCGUCACACACCCGUAUGUUCUUGUCUCACUGGAUUUACCGGGGAUCCAUUCGUAAUGUGUAGACAAAUUCCCGAGGAAGAUACAACACUCGCACCAACGGAUCCGUGCUUAAAUUGUGGCCCAAAUACGCAAUGCUUUAACGGCGUAUGUUCUUGCCUUCCCGAGUAUCAAAAAGAUCCAUACUUUGGAUGUCGUCCGGAAUGUAUACUGAAUUCUGAUUGUCCGAAUGACAGAGCUUGCAUUAAGAACAAGUGUCGGAAUCCAUGCGAUCUCGGAAUCUGCGGUCUUAAUGCCUUGUGCUCGGUCGGAAAUCACAUACCAGUCUGCACUUGCGCGCCAAAAAUGUCCGGCAACGCCUUUAUAAUGUGCUCCCCAAUAGAAGAAUCGAUAACGAAAGAUCCGUGCAAUCCGACACCAUGUGGACCAAAUAGCCAAUGUCGAAAGAUAAAGGAACAAGCUGUUUGUUCUUGUCUGGCUGGAUAUUUGGACGCACCACCCAAUUGUCGAGCUGAGUGUAUUAUCAGUUCUGAUUGUCCCGCUAACAUGGCCUGCAAUAAUCGGAAAUGCAUAGAUCCUUGCCCUGGAACAUGUGGCAUUAGAGCGCAAUGUGUAGUUGUCAAUCACAAUCCGAUUUGUUCUUGUCCCUCCGAGUUGACCGGUGAUCCUUUCACUCAGUGCAUCCCGAGACCAACAGAAUCACCAUUACCGGUUAAUCCCUGCGUUCCAUCUCCAUGUGGAAUUAACAGUAAAUGCGAAAUUAUAAACAACGCGCAUUCAUGUUCCUGUUUGCCAGAAUUCAUUGGCACUCCGCCGAAUUGUAGACCGGAAUGCGUUAGUAAUAGCGAGUGUUCCACGCACUUAGCGUGUAUUAAUCAGAAAUGUCGCGAUCCAUGUCCAGGCUCUUGCGGUAUUAAUUCUGAUUGUCGAGUGAUAAGCCAUACUCCUAUGUGCACUUGUCUUGCCGGAUUCGAAGGAGAUCCAUUCGUGCUAUGUAAUCCCAAACAAAGCGACGUCAUAAAUGCCCUAAAACCAACACCUUGUAUUCCAUCACCGUGCGGCUUUAAUGCGAUAUGUCGCGAAUUAAACGGUGUUGGUUCUUGCAUAUGUCUAUCGGAUUAUAUAGGAAAUCCAUACGAAGGCUGUCGUCCCGAAUGUACAAUAAAUUCCGAUUGUACCGCAGAUCGUGCAUGUAUCGGAUCAAAGUGUCAAAAUCCUUGUCCAGGUUUUUGUGGGUACAAUGCAAUUUGUCAAGUAGUGAAUCACGUUCCGUUAUGCACAUGCCAACCUGGCUACAGCGGCAAUCCGUUUAUCUCCUGUAACAGAUUUGUACAAGAUACGACGGUAGAACGUAAUCCGUGCAGCUACUCUCCCUGUGGACUUAACAGUCAGUGUCGCGAAUUAAACGGUCAAGCAGUAUGCUCCUGUAUAGAUACAUUUAUCGGAUCCCCGCCACAUUGUCACGCAGAAUGCACUGUUAGCUCCGAUUGCCCCGUAAACCGUGCAUGCAAAAAUCGCAAAUGUAUCGAUCCAUGUCCCGGUAUUUGUGGCAUCAACGCAAGAUGCGAAGUGAUAAAUCAUAGUCCGAUUUGUAGUUGUAAUCAAGGUUUUACUGGCGAUCCCUUCGUAACGUGCUUCCAAACGCAGGUAGACCAAGAUAUACCUAUGACGCCACAAAAUCCGUGCGUUCCAUCUCCCUGUGGUCCAUUCGCCACGUGUCGUGAGAGCGGCUACGCAAACGUGCCGACAUGCACAUGUUUGGAAAAUUAUAUCGGUAGCCCUCCAAACUGUCGGCCAGAAUGUACCGUGGAUUCUGAAUGCAGUAGCGAUAGAGCAUGUUUGAGACAAAAAUGUCGAGAUCCAUGCCCCGGUUCUUGCGGUAUCGGAGCGCAAUGUCUCGUGGUUAAUCACAUGGCUGUCUGUCUUUGUCCGAAGGGUUACACCGGAGAUGCGUUUGCUAAUUGCUUCCCAGAACCUCCUCCUGUACUACAAGAUCCUUGUAAUCCAUCCCCAUGCGGAGCCAAUGCGAUGUGUCGUGAUGGCACGUGUACCUGUCUGCCCGAGCAUCAUGGUGAUCCUUAUACCGCAUGUCGACCCGAAUGCGUGCAAAAUCCAGAUUGCCCGUUAGAUAAGGUCUGCGUUCGUAAUAAGUGCUUCGACCCAUGUACAGGAAUUUGCGGGCAGAACGCAAAGUGUACAGUAAUAAAUCACACCCCGAUGUGCGCUUGUGCAGACGGAAUGUCUGGCAAUGCAUUUGCGGCGUGUUAUCCGAUCGUUCAAGAUCCCACCGUCAUCGAGAAUCCGUGUAAUCCAUCGCCCUGCGGUCCAAACAGUCGAUGUCAGAGUUUUAAUAAUCAAGCAGUAUGUAUGUGUAUAACUGGAUUCAUAGGAAAUCCGCCCGCUUGCCGUCCCGAAUGCGUAGUGAAUACUGAUUGCGCCUUAAACGAAGCUUGCAUCAAUACAAAAUGCGACAAUCCUUGUCUCGGUGCGUGUGGUAUUUCCGCUCGUUGCCAAGUAUUGAAUCACAAUCCAAUCUGCAGCUGUCCUCCCGUAUUUACCGGCGAUCCAUUCGUACGUUGCAUACCAAGACCGGAGGAUGUACCAAAACCGAUAAAUCCAUGCCAACCUUCGCCCUGCGGUCCUAAUGCCCAGUGUCAAGUCGUCAACGAUUCACCGUCUUGCUCUUGCAUGCCCGAGUUUGUUGGAACACCACCAAGUUGCAGGCCAGAAUGCAUUAGUAACAGCGAAUGUCCGAGUCAGAUGGCGUGUAUCAAUCGCAAGUGCAGAAAUCCAUGCUCUGGAUCUUGCCAUUCCUUAGCCACUUGCUAUGUCGUUAAUCAUGUGCCAGCCUGUACGUGUCCUACCGGUUAUACAGGCGAUCCAUUUGUUCAAUGCAUAAUCAUGCCCAGCGUACUAUCGGCACCGAAUCAGCCUUGCCAACCAUCCCCUUGUGGAACAAACGCCGUAUGUAGAGAACAAAACGGCGUCGGUUCUUGUACAUGCUUGCCUGAAUAUAUUGGAAAUCCUUAUCAAGGGUGUCGUCCUGAAUGUACCAUUUCUUCGGAUUGUCCCGCAAAUUUAGCUUGCAUCGGAUCCAAGUGUCAGAAUCCAUGUCCCGGUUCGUGCGGUGUGAAUACUAAUUGCCAAGUUGUCAACAAUAUCCCUGUCUGCACUUGCAUUCCAGGCUACACCGGCAAUCCGUAUAUAAAUUGCGUUUAUCAGGCUCUUGACAUUUCUGAUGAAAAACGUGAUCCGUGCAAACCUUCUCCUUGCGGCCCCAACAGUCAAUGCACCAUUAAUAAUGAUCAAGCUGUCUGCUCGUGUUUGCGUGAAUUUAUUGGAACUCCGCCAAAUUGUAGACCGGAGUGUUUAGUAAAUUCAGAAUGUGGAUCAAACCGAGCAUGCAUGAAUAAGAAAUGUAUAGAUCCGUGCAUCGGUACCUGUGGCCGUGACGCUCAGUGCAAAGUCAUACAUCAUAGUCCAAUUUGUGUAUGCGCGAACGCCUUCACGGGCGAUCCGUUCAUCUACUGCUUUGCAAUGCCAAUGCCGAAACCAGAAGAGCAAUACCCGAAAGAUCCGUGUUUGCCAUCACCUUGCGGACCUAACUCUCUAUGUAGAGCUAUUGGUGAUGCACCAGCGUGCAGUUGCAUGCAAAAUUACAUUGGUGUUCCACCCAAUUGUCGACCCGAGUGUUCAAUAAAUUCGGAUUGUCCCGCUGAUAAAGCUUGCAUCAGAGAAAAAUGUAGAGAUCCUUGUCCAGGUUCGUGCGGUCUCUUGGCACGUUGUUCGGUGAUCAAUCAUACACCGUCCUGCAUGUGUCCCGAAGGAUACACUGGCGAUCCCUUCGUCAGUUGCAACACUUUGCCUCAGAUAUCUCUACCGCCUCCAGACCGAUGUAACCCAUCACCGUGCGGUCAAAAUGCUCGAUGUAAUGAUGGAGUCUGCACAUGCAUAUCCGAAUAUUUCGGGGAUCCGUAUGCCGGCUGUCGACCGGAAUGCGUCAUUAAUACCGAUUGUCCUCGCGACAAGGCAUGCAUACUCCACAAGUGUCGCGAUCCGUGCGUCGGAACAUGUGGCUUUAAUGCGGAAUGCAAUGUCAUUAAUCAUUUACCCAUGUGUAGUUGCCCGAGAAAUAUGACCGGUAACGCAUUCAUUUCAUGCACAGCUCUUCAAGAUUCAAUCAUCGUGGAACAACAACCGUGCAAUCCAUCCCCUUGCGGUCCGAACAGUCACUGUCGUGUGUUGAACGGUCAGGCAAUUUGUGCGUGCAUCGUCGGAUUUAAAGGGAUUCCGCCGUCCUGCAGACCGGAAUGUCUCAUAAGUGCCGAUUGCGCCCGUAAUAAAGCCUGCAGCAAUCAAAAGUGCAUCGAUCCGUGCCUCGGUGCGUGCGGAUUAACCGCGCAAUGUACCGUCGUAAAUCACAAUCCUAUAUGCAGCUGCCCGUCACUGUACAUAGGAGAUCCAUUCAUCCAAUGCGUACCGCAACUAGAAGAACCAAAGCCACCGGUAAAUCCUUGUCAACCCUCACCUUGCGGCUCGAACGCGGUAUGCCAAGUUGUUAAUGACGCCCCAUCAUGCUCGUGUCUGCCUCAGUUUGUCGGAAUUCCGCCUAGGUGCAGACCAGAAUGUAUCAGUAACAGCGAAUGUCCCAGUCAACAGGCUUGUAUUAAUCAGAAGUGCCGGGAUCCUUGUCCGGGAUCGUGCGGCAGGAACGCGGAAUGUAGAACCGUUAGUCACACCCCGAUGUGCAUUUGCGUCAGUGAUUUUACCGGCGAUCCAUUUAUUCAAUGUAAUCCCCGACCAAUUGAUACACCGCUUGUUCCGCUAAAUCCUUGUCAACCGUCACCGUGUGGUGCAAACGCAAUGUGUCGCGAGGUUUUCAAUUCGGUGUCCUGCAUUUGUUUGCCCGAUUUCUAUGGAAAUCCAUACGAGGGUUGUAGACCCGAGUGCAUAAUCAACUCCGAUUGUACAUCUAAUCAAGCUUGCGUAAGAAACAAGUGUCAGGAUCCGUGUCCGGGAACAUGUGGUGUCAAUGCAAUUUGCGAAGUUAUCAAUCAUAUACCGACGUGUAGUUGUCGGUCAAGAUUCACCGGAGAUCCGUUCAGAUACUGUGGACCCAUGCAAGAUACUCUUCCGGCACCGAUAGAUGACCCUUGCAAUCCAUCACCGUGCGGUCCAAACAGCCAAUGUCUUAAUGUAAAUGGAAAAGCUAGUUGUUCGUGUCUGUCGACUUACCAAGGAACUCCUCCCGCCUGCAAAGCAGAAUGUGUCGUUAGUACGGAAUGCCCCAUGAAUCGUGCGUGCAUCAAUCGAAAAUGCAUUGAUCCAUGUCCAGGUGUGUGCGGCGUCAACGCCAAAUGCGAUGUCUUGUCUCAUAGUCCGUUUUGCAGCUGUAGAUCCGAUCAGGUCGGAGAUCCCUUCGUCAAGUGUUUCGACAUGCCCCUAACGCCUACGCCAUCGAUACAAGUCAACCCUUGCGUCCCAUCGCCUUGUGGUCCGUUUUCCACGUGUCAAGACAGAGGAGGUUAUCCGUCUUGCACGUGCAUGUCUAAUUACAUCGGAUCGCCACCUUAUUGCCGUGCCGAAUGUUCUAUUAAUUCUGAUUGCACCAGCAAUAAAGCUUGUAUCAGAGAGAAAUGCAAAGACCCUUGUCCCGGAUCCUGUGGCGUUAAUGCUUUGUGUACCGUGAUCAAUCAUACCCCAGCUUGCACAUGUCCUGAUGGAUACACGGGCGAUCCCUUCCGCAAUUGUUACCUGGCGCCCAUGCAUAUUUCACCAGUAGCAACAGACCCGUGUAAUCCGUCACCAUGUGGACUCAAUGCCGAGUGCCAUAACGGCAUCUGCAAUUGUAUACCCGAAUAUCGCGGCAAUCCAUAUCUAGAGUGUCGACCGGAGUGUGUGCAAAAUUCCGACUGUCCGCACGAUAAAGCUUGUGCGAAUAAUAAGUGCAUAAAUCCCUGCAAUGGAAUUUGCGGUCAAAAUGCGGAAUGCGCUGUCGUUAAUCAUGUAGCCACAUGUAGCUGCAUCCAAGAUUAUGAAGGUGACCCGUUCACGCUUUGUAAACGUGUACAAACACGUGUCAAACCCUGUGAACCCUCUCCCUGCGGACCUAAUAGCAUCUGUCGCGAAUACGGCGAUCAAGCUUCCUGUUCUUGUCUACUCGGUUAUUUGGGAGUCCCGCCGAGCUGUCGACCCGAAUGUCUCGUUAACACCGAUUGUGAGCAGAGCAAGACUUGCGUGAAUACAAGAUGCCGUAAUCCUUGUGAAAAUGCUUGCGGACAGAACGCACUGUGCAUAACGCGAAAUCACAAUCCCAUUUGCAGGUGUCCCGAUCAACAUUCCGGUGAUCCGUUCGUCUAUUGUUUCCCCAUAACAACAUCGGAUGUAGAACCCAGGGACCCAUGUUACCCCUCACCAUGUGGAUUGAACUCGCAAUGCGUGGUAUCCGCCGAUAAUAAACCCUCCUGCUCCUGUAUACAAAACUACAUAGGAUCUCCACCCAAUUGUGAACCCGAAUGUCGUGCAAACAGCGAAUGUCCCACCAAUCAAGCAUGCAUUAGACAGAAAUGCACCGAACCGUGCAUUGGAUUGUGCGGAUUCAAUGCAUUGUGCCAAGUUACUUUGCACCAAGCCCAAUGCACCUGUCCCGAAUCAUACACUGGAGACCCAUUCACAGUUUGCUCUCAGAUCAUAUCGACUCCAGCACCACCGGUAUCUUCUAGACCGUGCAAUCCUUCACCAUGCGGAAUAAACGCGUAUUGCCACGAGAGAUUCGACACGGCUAUUUGUGAGUGCAUACCGAACUACAGAGGCAAUCCGUAUCAAGGAUGUCAGCCAGAAUGCCUCGUCAACACCGACUGCCCGAAAUCGCAAGCAUGCAUAAGAACAAGAUGUCAAGAUCCUUGCCCUGGUACUUGCGGUGUUGGUGCGAUUUGUACAGUGUCUAAUCAUGUUCCCAUUUGUUCUUGCCCGUUACCAACGAUUGGGGAUGCAUUCACGCUUUGUCGAGUUCCCGUGGAAGAUUCUAAAGAAAAAGAUCCAUGCUAUCCUUCACCGUGCGGACCGAAUACUGUUUGUGAGACAAUUGGCAGUACGGCAAUUUGUAAAUGUCUACCUGGAUUGCAAGGUGUUCCGACGAGUGUAACGGGUUGUCAUCCGGAGUGUGUGCUUAGUUCAGAUUGUCCAGGCGACAAAGCUUGCAUACAAAAUAAAUGCAAAGAUCCUUGUUCCCAAAAUGUAUGCGGUAGUAAAGCAGUGUGCAAGACGAUCAAUCACAGUCCACUUUGCAGCUGCCCGUCUCCGUUAAUCGGCAAUCCCUUCGAAGAAUGCUACACGAAGAUCGAAACUAAUCCCUGCAGUCCAUCGCCUUGCAAUUACAACGCCGAGUGUAGAGUGAGAAACGGCAUCGCGAUUUGCAUCUAUCCCGAAUGUGUUAUUAAUUCAGAUUGUCCGCGUGACAAGGCUUGCUUCUCACAAAAAUGCCGAGAUCCCUGCAUCGGUGCAUGCGGUAUCAAUUCUAUCUGUCAGACUGUUAAUCACAAACCAGUAUGUUCUUGUCCAGUUGGAUUCACGGGCAAUGCACGGGUGCAAUGUACAAUUCCAACCCUCGAAGAACCGGUACCAGAAUGCACUCAAAAUUCCGAGUGCUCAAAUGAUAAGACCUGCUUCAAUCAAAAGUGCGUCGACCCGUGUACUCUCGAUUCUUGCGGUCUUAAUAGUCGUUGCCACGUGAUAAUGCAUAGACCAAUAUGCGUUUGCAAUGAAGGCUAUACCGGAAAGCCUCAGCAAUAUUGUCACCAAAUCGGUUGUCGUAACGAUAACGAAUGUCCGGUAAUUCAAUCUUGUAUUAACAAUGAGUGCGUCGAUACCUGUCUGGUUACGCAAUGCGGCAUCAACGCAUUGUGUACCGCUGAUGGGUAUCACAAGACUCGAUGCUACUGUCCUGAUGGGUACACGGGUAAUCCUUACGAAAUAUGCGAGAGGCCCGAGUGUACCAGCGACAAUGAUUGCUCUCCGUCCUUAGCCUGUCGUAAUCUGAAAUGCGUCAAUCCUUGCAAUUGCCCACCACCGGCGCUAUGCACUGUCGCCAAUCAUCGGCCAAUCUGUAAAUGUCCACCUGGCUACGUAGGCAAUCCUUACACCUCGUGUCUCAUAGACUUACUAGAACCAGAAACAGAAUGUCAAGUCGACGCUGAUUGUCCCAGCAAAUUGGCAUGUUUCAGUGGUGUUUGCAAAGAUCCAUGCACAGAAACAAAACCAUGCAUUGUAAGCGCCAAAUGUAGUGUCAUAGAUACGCUACCGAUGAGAACAAUGAUCUGUGAAUGCCUGCCGAAUUUCGCCGGCGAUGCCACUGUUGCUUGCGUACUAGUGGACAAACAAAUCGGUGCAAUAUGCGAGAGCGACUCGCAAUGUACAUCAGACAUGGCCUGUCUAAACCGCAAGUGCAUCAAUCCGUGCACUGUCAAUCCAUGCGCUCCAAAUGCUGAGUGUCACAUUGAAAACCACCGUCGUACCUGCCAAUGUCCUCGCGGAUAUGCCGGUGAUCCAUUUAUAAAUUGUUACGAAGAAAAUGUAGUUCUUGCGGAAUGCAAAACAAAUACCGAGUGUCCGUCUGACAAAGCAUGCAUAAAUCAACGAUGCCAAGAUCCGUGUUUCAGCAAUCGCUGCGGCUUAAAUGCAAAGUGUAUCACGAUUAAUCAUCAUCCCUCUUGUCACUGCCAAAGCGGUUUAGCCGGUGAUCCGCAACUUCAAUGUUUCAGACCGGAAUGUAAGACAGACAACGACUGUCCUUAUGACAAGACCUGCCGAAAUGACAAUUGCGUCACUCCUUGUCUCAUUGGUGAUAUUGUGUGCGGCCGGGGUGCGGAAUGCAAAGCGGUGUCUCAUAGAGCUCAGUGCAUUUGCCCGCAAGGUACUCAAGGUGAUCCACGCGUGGCAUGCAUUUCUGCUAUCUGUCAUUACAACGAAGACUGCGCCGAUCAUGAGGCCUGCGAUAGAUUGAACAGGGUUUGCAGACCGGUUUGCGACGAUGAUGCCUGUGCCGAAACUGCGAUCUGCGUCGCACGCGAUCAUCAACCUAAAUGUACAUGUCCUCCGGGUACUACCGGAAAUCCAUAUAUAACAUGCAUUGGUGAACCUUCCAUCGAGCCGGAAUGCAUACAGGACAGCGAAUGCGCAUUGAAUCUCGCUUGCAUUAACACUAGAUGUCAAGACCCGUGUUUGUCAGCCGAUAUGUGUACCAGUGAUCAGGAAUGCAAAGUCCUGAAUACGAUUCCGCUUCGUACGAUGAUCUGUUUGUGCCCAUCGAAUACAAUCACUGAUGUUAACGGCCAGUGCAAACCAAUUGUAUUAGGCGAUGUGCAAUGUCAUCUGGAUCAAGAUUGCGCCAACCAGGAGAAGUGCCUGGACGGAAGAUGCAUAGACGCCUGUCUGACAACUCAGUGCGGUCUCAACGCGCAAUGUAAAUCCACAUCUCAUACCGGUAUCUGCUUCUGUUCUCAGGACUUUAGGGGCAACGCUUACAUAGAAUGUGCAAGAGUCCCUAUCGCUCCGCUACUUCCAGGACUUCGACCGGAAUGCUAUACGAAUAGCGAAUGUGCGCGCGAUAAGCAAUGCAUAAAUUCGCUUUGCGUAAAUCCAUGCGUUAUUGGCGAUCCUUGCGGCAGGAACUCUUUGUGCCACGUUGACAGUCACAAUCCAAUCUGCAAGUGCCCGAUCGGCUAUCUCGGCAAUCCCACGAUCAAAUGCAUACCACCGGAGAUCGUGGUUGAGUGCGUAUCAAACAGCGAGUGCACUGGAAACUAUGCGUGUGUUAACGGCGCGUGUAUUAAUCCUUGUAACUGUGGUCUCAACGCCAAAUGUAACGUCGUGAAUCAUUAUCCAUCUUGCGUAUGUCCUCCAGGCUAUUCUGGAAAUCCUCAGCUAGGAUGUUUCAAACUCGACUGUGAAUCUGACAGUGAGUGUGAUUACGCAGCCACCUGUUACAACGGUCAAUGCGUGAAUCCUUGCAUCUUAGACAACAAAUGCGCCAUUAAUGCAGAAUGCUACGGUAAAAAUCAUCGGUCGGCCUGUCGUUGCGGUCCGGGCUACUAUGGUAACCCUCAAAUUCAUUGCGAGAGGGUCGAGUGUAACACGAAUCACGAUUGCCCCCACAAUUUGGCUUGUAACGACGGUCGUUGCGUGAAUCCUUGCGCCGAAAAUUCACCUUGCGCGCAAAACGCCGUUUGUUACGUCCAGGAUCAUGUGGCGUUCUGUCGCUGUCCCGAAAAUAUUCCGCUGGGAAAUCCAUUCUCCUACUGCGAACGACGUUCCGUGGAUGAGAUCGAAGAGCCGGAGUGCAGAAUCGACAUUGACUGUUCGGACAAAUUGGUAUGCAUCCGGGAGAAAUGCAUCGAUCCUUGCCCAGUCAUCAAACCAUGCUUAGAAAACGCUCGUUGCGAUGUUCUCAAUACUGUGCCCGUAAGAACAAUGAUUUGCACAUGUCCGGAGGGAUGGAUUACCGACAUUGAUGGUGUAUGCAGACCAAUACAACUAACGGUCACCGGAACGUGUACGACGAACGACGAUUGCGGCGACCGUGAAGCUUGCGUCAACAGGCAAUGUCGCGAUCCUUGCAAUUGCGGCACCAAUGCUGUCUGUUAUGUGAGGAAUCACAAACCAAUCUGCUCGUGCGAGCAAGGCUACCAGGGUAAUCCCGAGAUUGCAUGUCAGUCAGUCGAGUGUCGGCAUGAUAGCCAGUGCACACUCGACAAAGCUUGCGUGAACAACAACUGCGUAAAUCCAUGCUUGGUCACGGAUCAUCCAUGUACGGACACCAACACUGAAUGCUUCCCGAACAGUCAUGUAGCCGAUUGCCGUUGCCGCAAGGGCUACUACGGCAAUUCGUUGGAUCGCUGCCGCAUCAUCGGAUGCUACAGCAACGGCGACUGUCCAGGCGAUCACGCCUGCAUCAAUAUGCAGUGCAUUGAUCCCUGCGUGCACGACAAUCCGUGCUCGUCCCGCGCGGAAUGCAGAGUUCUCAAUCAUUUGCCGAUAUGUCGUUGCCCACCCCGUUUCACCGGUAACCCGUACGUCAAUUGCCAACCGGAAGUUAGACCCGAGUGUCGGGAAGACAGCGACUGUCCGGAUAGGCUCGCCUGUCUCAGCAACAAGUGUCAGGAUCCGUGUCCGGUUAUACAGCCGUGUUCAGAGCCGUCCGAAUGUCGGGUCCUGCCGACGUACCCGAUACGCACCAUGGUGUGCGUGUGCCCCAGCGGAUACGUCAGCAGCGGUAGCGGUACCUGUCAGCCUACCAAACCGAUUCUUAAGAUCGAGUGCACCAAGGAUGAUGACUGUCCAACGGAACGAUCCUGCAUCAACGCGGUGUGCCGAGAUCCUUGCGCGUGCGGACCCAAUGCUGUUUGCAAUAUCAUCAAUCACAAACCGAUAUGUUCAUGCACGCUGGGAUACGACGGAAAUCCGGAUAUCGCCUGCACAAAAGUUGCAGGAUGUAGAACGGACGGCGAUUGUAGCGGUUCGCACGCGUGUAUCCAACGCAACUGCGUGCCGACAUGUUCGCCAUCCUUGGUCUCCUGCGGUAAGAACGCGAUAUGUCAUGGUAUAAAUCACAAGGCCAUCUGCGAGUGUCCACCUGGUUUCGGCGGUAAUCCGAGGGUUUCCUGCGUGCUGCUAGGAUGCAAGAGUAAUUCGGACUGCCCGACGAACAGGGCCUGCAUCAACAAUCGUUGCGAGAAUCCUUGCACGCAAAGUCCGUGCACCGGCAAUAUGGACUGUAACGUUUACAAUCACGUUGUGGAAUGUGCAUGUCCGCCCGGCUACGUCGGCGAUGUUAAAUCAGGAUGUGCAAGAGUCAAAGAAAAAUGCAAAGCGGAUAAUGAAUGCCCGUCUCAGAUCGCGUGCUUCAACGGACAAUGUAUCAAUCCAUGUACCAAGAUUAAACCCUGCGGUAUUAACGCCGAGUGCAAAGUCCUGGACACCAGUCCAAUUAGGACCAUGAUAUGCGAAUGUCUUCCAGGAUAUCGCGGAAAUGCAGUUGUCCGCUGUGAUCCGUUGUCGAACGUAUGUCCGAAAGGUCAGAUUCGCGAUGAAUACGGCAACUGCGUUUGUCCACUUGGUUUCGGUAAAGAUGAAAACGACGAGUGCAUACCUUGUCGCAAACAGUCUAACAUGGUGAUAAACGAAGAAGGCUAUUGUGUAUGCGAUCUGGAAAAAGGUUUCAGCAUAGACGAAUACGGUCGUUGCGUGUGUCCAACGCAGUACGGAUAUAGGAUAGAUGCCAGUGGAUACUGCCGACAGAUUGAAAUAAUAGAGUGCACUCGUAACGAUGAUUGCACCGAUGACAGAUACUGCGAUAAAACUACCCGAACUUGCCAAGAUCCCUGCAAGAAGCAACAAUGUGGCGUACACGCACUUUGCAACGCUACUAGACAUCAAGCUAUCUGCAUCUGCGUCAAUGGUUAUUUAGGCAAUCCGUAUACACAAUGCUACGAUAGAAAGGAUGGCCGAACAGACUUCCCUAGGCCAGAUAUGGAUGUGAGCUGCUUGUCGGAUGGAGUACAAGUCGUAAUACAUCUGCAAGAUCAAGAUUUCGAUGGGGUAUUGUAUGUUAAAGGACGCAGCAAAGACGAACAGUGCAGGCGGGUUGUCUCGAUACCAGCUGAGACUGAAUAUAAGACAGAAACAUUCAAAGUUGCAUUUGGUAAUUGUGGACUUAUACACGUAAAUGGACAAGCUAGCUUCGUACUCGUCAUACAAAAACAUCCCAAGUUGAUGACUUACAAAGCACAGGCCUAUCAUAUCAAAUGUAUAUACCAGACUGGAGAACAAAACGUUACCCUCGGUUUUAAUGUGUCCAUGUUGACGACUGCUGGAACAAUCGCUAACACUGGUCCACCACCUAUAUGUAUAAUGAAAAUAGUUGCACAGAAUGGAAAUGAAAUUAAUUCGGCCGAGAUUGGAGACAAUUUAAUGCUCCAAGUAGAAGUUCAACCUUCAACUAUUUAUGGCGGAUUUGCGCGAAAUUGCGUCGCUAAAACUAUGGAGGAUAAUUUGGAGAACGAAUACAUCGUAACGGAUGAGAACGGUUGCGCGACAGAUCCUACGAUAUUCGGCGAGUGGGAGCAAAAUCCUGAUACUCAAUCAUUAAUGGCUAGUUUUAACGCAUUCAAGUUUCCCAGUAGCGACAAUAUAAGAUUCCAGUGCAACAUACGCGUGUGCUUUGGACGCUGUCAGCCUGUGAAUUGUCGCGGUUACAAUGCCUUUGGCCGUCGUCGUAGAGACGUUGAUUCUGAAAUCAAUGACACGUCUCUAAGUAUAUCCGAUGGAUUCGAAGGUCAACUUCGUGAAGAAAUAACUAUUCAAUCAAAUUUGAUAUUCACUCUGGAAAGGAGAGAGGAGAGGUAUACAGCAGAUCCAGCUGAAGCUCCUUCAGCACAAAGAGUAGAAGAUAUCUGUGUUUCUAUGGUCGGCUUUAUCAUAGCGUUGAUAAUUACGGCGCUUUUGGCACUGGUUGCCGUAGCUAUCGCUGUGUCAUGCUGGCUUAUGGCGUAUCGACGUCAGCCAAAGACUGCUGGACCACUGCCACACCCACCAGAGUUCCCAAAUCCCUUGUUCACUACUGAAUCUGUAGCUGAACCAUCUCCUGACUAUCAUUUAUCAUAAGAAAUGUCUCUUAGAGUAAUUAAUAUUUUAUAUAAAUAAUAUAAAUUCUAUAAUAUUUUUUCUUUCUCCUAAUGGAAUGCAUUUCAGACCAUUCGUCCUAUUGGUCGGUUUUGUAUUUCUAUAUACAACUCCUCCAAUGACUAUCAUUUCAUCUCUUUAUAUUCUCUUUUAAGGGUUCAAACGAUAGAUCACUGUUAUAUAAAGUCAUUUUAUAUACAUACUAUUUAUGGUGAUGGUUUGCUUCCAUUAUCUAUUAGCAAUUAAAAAAAAGAAAUGAGAUUAUUCCCCCCUUUCUUCUUCAUAUAUCUUUUCUGUAUUAUUCUCUCUAGUCCGUGGAGGAUUUGUUAAAUGUAAUACUGCGAAUUUAAUUACUGUGUAAAGUCAACGAAUUAGUCUAAUAUAGCUUUCUUAUCGCGAAAAUAGAUAUAAUUGUACAUUUUAUCUAAUAAAAGCUAACGUAAUAUUUUUAAAAA